AUGAUGGAUCUCAUAACAGGAGUUACAUUAGAAUAAUUUGAAUAAAAUAAGUUAGAUGAUUAGAUUGUACAUAGCAUAGUGAAACAACUAUUAUAGGCAAUCAAAUAUUUGCAUUCUAAGGAUAUUAUACAUAGAGACAUUAAACCAGGUAUAAGGAAUAAAUUUUAUUUUAGAGAAUAUUAUGAUUUCUCAAAUGGGAGAUGAUGUUAAAGUAACUUUAAUUGAUUUUGGACUCUCAGCUUAAUUAACAUAUUUAGAAGGAUCAGGUAUAAUGAGUGACAAUUGUGGAACUUUCUUAUAUAUGGCUCCUGAAAUGAUAUAGAAAAAGAAAUAUAACAGAGUAUGAUAAUAUUCUUAUAUAGUAAGAGUGUUGAUAUAUGGGCUAUGGGUAUAGUAGUAUUCAAUCUUUUAACUUAAGGGAAACAUCCAUUUUAUUAAUAAUUUGAUGACAAAGAAUCUUAUUGUGAAAAGAUUUAAUGGAUGAAAUGGAAUUGGUAACCAGGAAUGAAUAAUAAUUCAAUUAAUUUCUUAAUUAGAACAGUAGCAUUCUUGCCUGAAAAUCGUUUGAAUAUUAAUUAAUGUUUAGAGCAUCCUUGGAUUACAGGCAAAUAAGAUUCUUCUGAACCUUUUACCUUUAUAGAAAUACUCUAAAGUCAUUGUAACUUUUAAAAGAUUAAGUCUUUAAUUUAGGCACUUCAAUUUCUCUAAUAACUAAAAGUUUUAUGUCCUAAUGCUAAUUAAUUCAAACAUUAUUCAACACCAAUAGCCAAAGAACCUAUUAGAACCAUAAAGAUACCAAAAAUAAAAUAAUAAUCUAUUUCUCACACUAAUGAGAAACUUAAAUAAGUAAAGUAGGAAGCAUUCUAAGGAUCUAAUGUUGAUACUGCUUCUAUUGGUUCAAAUAGAGUUUCUUAAUUCAAAAUUUAAACUAUUACUUUGAAAUCUUAAAGAAGAGAAAGAGCUUCAUGUGAUUAAUUGUAAAAGAUUUAAUAGCAAAAAGAACCUUAAAAAUUUUUAUUUCCUCAUUUUCCUAGAUCAUUAGAAAGAAGUGUUAAGUCUAUUCAAACUACUAAUACAACAGCUGAUAAUUCUUUAAAUUAAUCAUCUAUUCUUCAAAAAUCUGGUAUAAUUGAUAAUAGACAAUCCUAAAAUAGUAAGUAGACACUUCAAUAAGUAAAAUUUCAUUUAUAUAUUUUAUUAGUUAAAGAGAACAACUCACGUAUCAAGAGGAUAGAAUAUCAUAAUAUAAUAAGAGUUAUUACCUAGUCAUAGGAUAAGAACAAACAAACCUCCAAUAUAGAAAAAGUCUUUAAAUGAAUGA